AUGCUGAAUGUUGAAUUUUGCUUCAGCGAUGUUACGUCGGACGUGAACGUCAUCCACAACUGCGAAACCUUGCAGAGGGGCUUACGAACGAAUUCAGAUGAACUGAUCGCUGUGAAGUGCAUAAUGUUGGACGUCAGUGCGGUAGAACGCGAACAAAUUCUGUCCGAACUAGCGAUUCUGUACGAGUGUUCUUCGCCAUAUAUAAUUACCAUUCACGAUGCAUUGUUCAUUGACAGCAGUAUCGCCAUAUGCAUGGAAUAUAUGGAUGGGGGAUCGAUCGAUCGUUACCUGAACAUCCCCGAAAACGUACUGCUAGCUGUUGGUGAUGCCGUUGUUUGUGGACUCGCAUAUCUGUGGGAAAAGAAAAUCUUACAUCGAGACGUCAAACCGUCAAACGUACUCAUCAACACACGUGGUGACAUCAAAUUAUGCGAUUUCAACGUUUCUGUACAACCUGAACGAGUGCUUGGCAAGGAUUAUGGCAUUACGGCUGAUAUCUGGAGUCUUGGAGUGUCUUUGGCGGAAUUGGCUUUAGGGAAAUUUCCCUUUUUCAUGACGAAUGGCGAAGGCAUAGAAGAAAAUAAACUUCCGCCAUUGAAGCUGUUGCAACUUAUCGUUAAACAGGAUCUGAACAGCUUGACGUAUCCUGUUGGAGUAUCGAAUGAGUUGAAGACGCUCAUCAGCUUGUGCUUGAUUAAAGAUCCUGUCAAACGACCAGAUCCAAAAUCCCUGCUGUCCUGCCCCUGUCUUGCUGCUGUGCAUCCGUACGACCGUUUGGCCAUAUCACGCUGGAUUUUGAACGACUCUUUUUUGCGUGUUUGCUAA